AUGGAAGAUAAAUCCAUGAUUUAUUUCUUCUCUACCGCUAUGAAAAUGAUUGAUUCUAAUCUUAGGACAGCUUAUUAUACAUUGGAGGACACUGUGACAUCCCUUUCUAAUUUACCCGCUCUACUUUAUAAUAGAGUUAUAGGAGACUCUAGAAUUUAAGUAAAAAGUAUUCCAUCUCAAAUAAACUUUGCCAAUUACUUUGGUGGUGCAACCAUUCUCACAAAAAGCAAAUAAUUAGUUGGAGUAGAUAAUAUUUUGGUGGAUAAUCAAGAAACUUACAUGAUCACAGAAUGCAAUCAAGAGAAAUUGUUUUUUAUCAUUUGUUUAAAGGAAGAGAUACAACUAGAGACAAUCUACUUUAUUAAUAAAGAGUUUUACUCCUCAACAAUAAAGAAUUUCAAGGUUUUCGGAAGCAUCGUAUAGCCUACUUAAGCUUGGGAUUUUCUGUAAGCAUUUGAAUCAGAGGAUAUAAAUGAUUGGCAAAGCUUCGAAUUUGAAUCGCAUUUUCUUAGAUACUUAAAAAUUGAGAUCAUUGAUUUUCAUCAAGCCGAAUACCAUUGCACACUAACUUAAAUAAGGUAUUUAGGUUAUGAUAUCAAAUUUAGAGUAUUUGGAUAAACAGUUAUAGGAGAUCUAAUACAAUCUCACAAAAGAUAUAAAUUACAAUUGCCUAAAAUUGAACCAAUUAAGGAGGAAAUUAAAUAACCGCAACGAAUUAAGAUGCCAUGUAGUGAGAUAAUCAACAAUUACUCAAGUACUAAUAAUUCUACAUGCAGCUACUUCGAUUACAUAUUUGAUAUACAAUAGUCUCGUGCUGACGAAAUUGAGAAUCAGAAUCAAUAUUUAGAUGUGAUUCCUUUUGAAUCUAAUUAAUCCUUAUUUAAAGUGACAGCUUAAAACAUUGUUAUUUUAUCGCAUAAUCUUCAAUUGUUGAAAGAGUAAUUGUAAUCAAUUCGUAAUCAAAAGAUGAAGGAGAUGGAAAAUUAAAAAUAACAUGAUUACAUCUAAUAGUAAUUAUUAUAUGAACUCAGCCAAUAACAAAAUAUCAAUAAGAAUUUAGAGGAAUAAAUCAAAAAAUUAUAUUUUCUUACUGAUAUUUGUGUAAUAUUAAUAUGUAUUAUCUUAUUUAUUGGAUUUUGCUGGAUUUUGAGAAAAUAGUAAAAUCAUUAUAAUAACAACAGAAAUCAAUCGAUUGUUAUCGAAAAUAAGAAGAAUGUCCCUGAUAUUACUACAUUGACUCCAAUUUUAGUGAAUGGGUAUUCAAUCAAUAAUGAUGAGAAUUGUCAUCAUAUAGUGAAGAGUAAAAGCAAUAAUAACAAUCAGAAAAACAAGAAAAAGAGCAAUUUUGUUAAUUGAUUUAUUUUAUUACUAUUUUAUUUAAAGAAUUAAAAUAUUUAAUUCAUAAA